AUGGCUUUGGCCCCGGCAACGACUGCAAGUAGAGGAGAGAUAGCCCUUCAACCGUCUUACUUCACGUCCUCACUGUAUGUCCACGCCAUUCGAGAGGAUAUCGAACGCCUCGUCCGGUUGUUCUCUGCGCGGUAUCUUUCCUCUCCUGGUCUAGGCCCAUUCGCACUUUUCAAGCAGCUAUGGGUAGAAGAGGGCUGGUGUUGGCUGCACUUGAAGGUACUAGAAUACCGUGCCAGAGACACAUUCUUGGCCACUACCCUUCGUCUGUUCUCGGAGCGAUGUUCUGAGUCCGAGCCAUCUUUGACCCGAGUGCUUGCGCUUUGGGCGAUAUACACCUUUUUCUGGACUCAACCAUCUGUAUCGGCACCGACCGCGCAUUCCGUAAGCCGGAUCAACAUACCUCUGGAUGUGUACGCCUCGCUCUUGGACCUACCCACCCAAUUGAAGGGACAACCGCUGGUCCGCCUGCACCCAUAUACGGUGUUUGUUCUCGACAGACUACUGCAGGCUGGGAUAUUUCAUAUCACACCGGCAUCUCAUCUGUGCGCCCUUAACCCUCGCGAUCUUCCUCGCGAGGUUUUUGUCCCCGAUGCCUCGGGACCCGGCAGUGCUCUCGGAGCAGAAUUGCCGGGGUUUACAUCGGAUGUCUCUGCCACAGCCAAACGGAAGGGCCGUCCGACAAAACGGGAGAAACUCAGAAAGGCUAAAGAAGCGGCCUCCGGGCUUGGGAAAUGGCUUGAGAAAACCGAGUUGAACUACCGCUUGGAAGAAGGACGAUCAAACACGCGAGAAUUGUAUAGGCAACGAAAGUCAACACUGCUGGAUGUACUGGAAGAGCACUCGCUCAGUGACCAUGGGUCGUCGGCCGCGCUCGAAAACGCCAACGAAGCCAUACUGAGCCGCUUACAAAAGAUCAAACAUACGGUUGACGGUAACAAGAACUGGCCAGAAAUCGAAGAUCAAGAUGGGCUGGCACGGGUCGAAAGAGUGGUCGUAGGGUACCGACGACGUGGUCAAAUCAACGAGAACCCGUUGAGCGCAAGAGGAGGGCUACUGAGUUUACUCGAGGGUGCUGGACGUGUUGAAAACGAGCAGCCCAAUUCCUGGGAAGGCGGCGGGGAGGAAGCGGAAAGUUGA